AUGCUAGUCUACGACAAACCACAGCAGGCCGAACUACGUCACACACUCAAUCACUCCACGUGUCUCCGCAAUGACACACACACCCCACACAUGACCCAUUCCGAGACCACAUCGCAAGCGCGGAGCAGGGACCUCCUCCCCGUCGGUUGGAAGUGCGUUCGUCUGCUCCUUCAGCAUGUGACCCCAAUAUACGAUCUUGACAACACACCCCAUUGUAAGAAAUCCCGGUUUGCUGUGUGAGAAACAGGUCGUGGCAUGCGCCGACGGAUUGCCUUAGUGGUAAAAAGGCGAGCUCCAGGAUGAAGUCGCGAAGUCGCGACAUAACCAUUGGAAUGAGAGCUUUUCUCUUCUGACUUAGUUUCAUUAGUUCUGUCAGUCACUACCUAAGUCUCAGCAUAGGCUGACUGACCGACUCGGGCAAUCAACAGCUGCAUAGAACAGGAAAGAGGGAGAGAGGCCGACUCUGGGGGAUUCAUCCCCAUGACACUUCAACACCUUUCACAAUAUAAUAAAUCUGAAGCGUUUGAUUAAAUCACGACACAGUGAACGUCGUGGCUUGAAAGGUGGCUAAAUGACGGUACGUCACAGACCUCGCAGUCAAUCCAGUGUGUGGAAGAGAAUAUGCGCAUCCCAGGUUCUUGCUUAAAAGAAGACGAAGGCACGAUCACUGGGACAGUAGGUCGUGCCUUCGUCUUCUUUUAAUCCCGUGUGUGUUUAUUUGGAGUGGCCGACCUGUGGACUGAGAGUCAGGCAUAACAGCCUCCCCUUAACCGUGUCCCUAUAGAACUCCUAUGCGUGUGAGGUCCGAACUGCCCACCCCUAUGUGCGAAAUUCUCGUGUGUUGUGCGGAGAACCAGACCAUGCGUAGCACGCGUAUAUGAACUGCCAAGCUCUAUCAACCAGCGUGCCCAAUCCCUACAUCAGAGAGGUUUGGGCAGUAGACUGAUACCUGGAAGAGACAAGAGACAGUGAGGUCGACUCUGGGGAGUCCCUCCCCACGACUCUCGGCACAUGCUCCUUCCAAUAAACCAUCUGACGCGCUCUUAAAGUACCACGAUUCCCUAAAAACCAUGGCCUAAAAGCCUGACAACUGACGCGAUAACUCAGCUCUCCUAUUAGGAUGGGAAGUCAGGCUGCAGUUGCUCCAUUUUAAUUUGGCCUCCAUGACACUCCCACUCGUUUGGAAUACGUGCUGCACACUCUUCUUGCCUGUGUGAAAACCCGGUACAUCUUACUCGGAGCAGGCGUGUUUGGCACGCGUAGGCAUAUUGUUUACCUUAGUCAACAUCUGCGCCCUCUCCCACCUCCGGUUUUCCUAACCCCCCCCCCCCCCUGACGCCGGGCUCAGAUGGGUCAGAGAGGAGAGAGUGCGAUAGCCACAGCACAAUUGUACCUUGAUUACAAGUAAUUAACACUCAAAUAACCACCCCUGUGCUCAUCCUAAUGUGGGUAUAUGUUGCACAUAGUCGAAAACGACGGUCGAACUUCCAGAUCACACUCAUUGGGCGACAGCGAUCGCUACAAAAAACAGUUCUGGCCAUGGUCCAUAAUAACAAUGAUUUUAUUGUGUGUCUUCCAGGUCACAAUCACUGCAUGAGCAUGUCCACGGAAUAUUCUAUGCAGGGGUGAUACGCAAAAUAUAAAUGUCAGGGAGUAAAUAGCACAGCCACUUGGUAGAAUUUUCCCAAGUGGAAAGCAAACUUUAAGUCAGAAAUUCCUAAAGACUAAAAACACUUUCUACAAAAGUCCACAUUACUUUGUGGAAUAUCUUAGUUUAAAAUACUGCUGGUUAACAUUAGAUAUGCCUGAUUCGUGCGAAUUAUUAGAGAAUAAUGUCGCUCAGAGGAGGAGGAGGAGGAGGAGGAGGAGGAGGAGGAGGAGGAGGAGAAUAAGCAGGAGAGGAGCUGGACCGUCUCCCGGCUGGAUGUGUACGUGUUUCUAAGUUUGAUCUUUAUGUGGGCAACUCUUUCGUGUAAAGGACAAAACCUGGACUAAUAACGAAUUCGAACCACUACAGUCGUCUGUCAUGCCUGGUCUGAAACAAUCUUACGAGUGUGAGCUACCUCAUUCAAGGCGAAUUCGGCUUACUUUGGUGUCAUCCCUUCGAAUUCGAUCCUGAAUUGUAACUUUGUCGGGUUUUUCAAAACUUGUUAGUUCCUUUGGUGUGCAGGGCACAUAGCGUUGAAUGAAAUCGUACAGGAGUUAUGAGACAUUAGAAGCUCGGAAAUAUCAAAUCGGCCGUAUAGUCAUUCAUGCGGCAUUCGAGACAGUCGCACACCACUCGUCCUACAACGUCCCAGAGGAUAUCCCUAUGAGAAUUGCAGUAGCUUGUUUUGAUUCGCACUACUGUGAAACUAUCUAAGGAAUAGGUUCAAUGCUCACUCGCCGGCUUUAUUCACUCCAGUGGUGCGUUUCGCAAAUCCGCUCUCGCGGCGGAGGUCGAAUCAUUGCUUAUCGCUUGUCAGAACUGCUUGCUGAAUUUCAUUACCGAGACUAAAAAAUUGCACAAAAAUUCAUAAAUUAAUGCAGUCUCAUGUAAUCAUCAGGAAAACGGAUAUGAAUGAAGUAAAACGGACGGUGGACAAACAGUCUGAUGGAUACCCUGACCUAACAACAAGAGUUAGAAUUCUAAAGCGAAAUUUUGAUCCUGUCAUAAAGAUAAGGACGGCAGUCAUAAAUGCACCACAACUCUCGAAGAAUGAGACAAGAUCGCUGGACCAGGAGCAUUACUUGCUUGGUGCUUCAGAUUCACACUCUAAUCCAUCAUCACAGACAGCAUCAAAUAAGGGUAGUGAAUUUUACAGGUUGUGGAAUUAAGAUAUAUUCGACGGGUACUUAAAGCGAAUGGCUACCCGCGCAACUUUAUAAACUAGUGCAUGCUCAAGCAAGAUGAGAGAUCCAAUCCAGUCAAUCACACAUUUUGGUGAGAGCUUCCGUAAGUCAAGAACGUCUCGGAAGCCGUCGGCCGCCUUCUCACACUCUUUGGAUUUGGGAUUGCACACAGACUGAAAGCAAGCAUAAGGUGCCAAGCCAUGAGGCCAAAAGACCCACCGCCACGGUAGAAAACGUCUGCAGUCGUUCAUCUCAUCUGGUCGGAGAUUACUCCGAACGCAAAUGAUCGAGUAUUCAGCGAUGAGGAGGAGGGAUACCGCUAGCCGUCAGGUCGCGGCUCAUUCGACAGGACCCUGUUAUGCCUUCAAAUUUACGAGGACGAUAUUCUCGCAAGAGGUGACAACCGCGUGGGUCGCGGGCUGCUUGGGUCAUGAUUCUCCGGUCAGCAGUCUAUUAACUGGCGCAAUAACCCUCGCCCUUCAUAUUCUGCGCUGAAACUUUGUCUAUGCAAUGUGGUUAUCCACUCGGGGAGCCCGCGGACGACCACUGCCCCCAGUAUCAGUGUCAAUGAGCCAAAUGGCCCACGAAACUGCAGGAGUGAUGGCAUUUCGAGGAUUAACGGCUCGACUGCAGACAAAUAAGCAAUUAUUGAACGAUUUGCGACCACCUCCGAUGAAUGCAGGAAGCGCCCCAUUUUGUCUAGGACGCAAGGGCACAGCAACUGCAUAUUGCAACACCUGGGCAAGUAAACGAUUAUCACACUACCGGCAGCUAUCUACGAUGGAUGCAAGGGCUGUCAAUUUCGGUAAGCAUGCAGUGGAGUAGCAACUGCAUCGUGUAAAUAGUGUUACAUCUCUGCAGCUCACUACUCUUAUCUGACUCGAGUGUAAGUCAGGAACGUCAGACGAAUAAAGCACUUGUUUCAGCGAUCGUGGCUCCUUAUUCACGAUUUCUUUCUGCGACCCGGCUCUCUACUUCAAUCAACAUCACAAGUUUAUACUCUGGAUGAUAAUAACAAGUGACUGAAAAUCGCCAAACAUCCCGACCAAGCACACGCGAGAUGAAACAGAGCAUCGUUUAUCACAAUAUUGUACAAAACCAAAAGAAAUAAUAAAUGACGGUAAGAUAUGGUUAUGUAGUCCCACCUAAUGGACGCAAUACUGUUGGGGUAGGGGAUAGGGGUUAGGGUCAGGGGUUAGGGCAACUAUUUCUCAACCACUCAAAGUGCAACCGCGCAUUCCCAAUAGCUUUUCUUUUGCAUACAGCUACUUGACCUCGUUGUCUGUGCGUUCCCCGGCCCCAUCUGUAAAAACCUCUAUUACCACCGGUCCUGUAUUAAAGGUGGCUGGGGUUUGUUUACUUCAGUUGCGGCCACAUAACCACAUCUGACCUAAAUGACUUCUCUAGAACCAACCGCAGAUUCGACCGAGGUGAGGUCUCGAAGCUGUCAAAUUGACCUUAGUACAACAAAACCGCGCAUCCCCGUACGGUCAGCAGGGCUGGGGUCUACAGUAGCUACUCGCACGCAGCCAACGGAGGGUGAUUGUCAGGUGUCCUGCAAGAAGUCCAAAAAUGACUUCGAUGGUGGCCCACGAAAGAGACAAAAGCACACCGUGUGACUGGCGAGCCAACUCAAAUUUGAAAUCGAGAAGUCCAAGAAAAUAAACAAAGGCUGCUGCAUUGGGUAGGAAAAGAAAUUGGGACAAUACCCGACUCGCAUCCUCAACUGAUCGGGAUGCUGAGAGUGCAGGAACCAGAUCUUCAGAAACAAGUUAAAGAUACGGACGGGAAAAUAUUCAUCGGUUAUCUGAAAGGUACUCAAUUCAACUACAGUCAAAACAUUUUUUCAGUUUUCAAGGUUAGAAUGAAUCAUGAUCCUAGCCCAUUACCAAUAGACAGCGACGCGCCUACCUUUCUCAAAGGACAUAGGAGAUGAUAGGCUCGACGAAUGCCAGGUCUGAAAUCUCAACCAAAAUCCAUAAAGUCAUUUGACAAAUCGGAACGGAAGCGUUCCGAUUAUUACAACAAAAUCCAUAUGCACGGAGUGUGUGUGUCGAGGUUAUUUUUCGUCAAACUACGGGCAGAAGGAAGGCACUAAUGUGAGACAGCCGAUACGGAAAUGAAAGUACGAAUGGGCAGGUGAGAUGAAAACUUCAGAAUGAGAGAUUAAGGAAGUAUUCACACCAAACGAGCAGUUCCUUGGGCGAUGGUUCAAUCAAUAUACAUACAGUGGAUUUCGACGCUUAAAACGCUAGUCACCUCUGGCCAGGAACCUGCAGUUCAAACUGUCAGAGUAUCUAAGAUGAACAAGAUGAGUUUAAAUAAUUGUCUUUGAACAAAACCUCUUCCUAAUUGCACUUAUAGGAACCUGGUUAACUGUUGGAAUAAAGGCUAGUGAAGCUAAUGACGCUGCUUGCUCUGGCGGCCUGAACCGUUGGCUCUUUUUAGACAACCCGCAGAGCAACCGAACGGAGGGGAGGACAGCACCGGUCGCUGGACAUAGCAGCUCUUAGCAGGACCCGAUUCUCCGAACAGGAACAACUGGAGGAGCUAGAUGCUGGUUCUGGAGCGAGCGUUCAAAAAACGGAGCCAUGUAUCACAGGAGUCGCCCUUGCGAUACUGAACGACAUCAUGAGAUGACUGCCUCAGGGCAUCAGCGCCGUCUCAUGACUCUGCAUCUGCCUCUUUUGUGUUUACAAGUCGACAGAAAGAGGGUUUUCAAAUCCAAUAUCGGAGAAUCAGAGCUAGUGGAACAAAAUUUACGGUGGCCGGCAAAGUACAGUCGGCUCAGAAGGCAGUGGCAGCAACUGUUUCAACAAGCCGAGUGCUAACCGUCGAUGCUGUUAGCCCCUUCGCGAGGUGGGUGUGCCUGAGUCAUGCCUGGGUGCGGCUACUCGUUGAAAAUAAAAAUAUCUAUCGGCGUCGAAAUGUUGGCAACUCGGAAGCUGAGUCAGGGGCUGAAUAAACCGAAAACUGGCAAGAGGGCUAAGUUUCUGUCACCACGCCGAGAAAACCGUCACACCUACGGCCCUCUCCCAGGUAGUAGUACCGAGAACGUGAUCAACAAGUUCUACGAAGACUUGCAUGUUCUUCUAUUGACUGUGCCAAAGGAACUAACACCAAUUAUCGCGUCCACACUAUCAGUGGACAUUCAAGGCACGGCAUGGCUCCUCUGGCAUCUCCAGGCCCAAUUCUAUGGCAAGCCACCCCGUCGAGUCACGCAUUGGACUAGUCGGUUACUUCCGAAACCGACACAUUGAGGUCGGCGAAUCAAUGCUAAGAUCGCCGGUGAGGCGGAUGCAGAGCAAGCCUGGACCAUUUUUAACAAACUCAGACAUAAGUCAUAGCUGUUGGGCCUAGCUCGUAUGGGAACAGUGAAGGUCGCCGCUUGAGAUGGUCGAAACUUAUCUUUAAUUUUAAUCCGAAAAUAGAAGUCUAAGUAUUUAUAUCUUUUACUAGUACUUGUUUUGCCAGUUGCUCUUGUUUCCUUGCUGUUAUUGUUAGUGCUGUGAUAUUUUUUGAUAAUUUUGGCACAUUGACAGCGAUAGUAUUGUUAACUGAUGUCCUCGCUCAUACAUGAUUGGUCAGCAAAUCAAAAGUAAAAGGUGUAGAAUUCAUUUGGGAGUCACGGGCUCCCGGAUAGCCUGAUAUUUUUCUAAAUAGAAUAUGUGGGGAUAUGAAACCCAAACUAAGUGUUGGAACGAAUAGCAGAAAUUUGAACAGAAAGCUUAACGGCGAGACAAGUGGCAGAUGGUCAGAUCAUGUCGUCAAAAGAACGUGCAGCAGGAACGUUAAAAAUUGAGCGAAUGGACAGAUGAGUAAACAAAUCCGGACAGUGGAGAAUUGAUAAAAGUUAUCAAAUGGUCAAGGGGUAUGAAGUGUGCUUUCGGAAUGCGGGGCAACGAAGACUGCAGGCUUAUCGGUUGUAUGUUACCUAACUCUGUUUGAAUAUACCUCGAUGGACGACCCCGACGUCUACAGGGAAUCAAGAGGCUUCUGAAAUAGUCCAUGCUAGAUGGGACGACUUCCCCGCAUAGCCGGUUCACGGGGUUAAGGACAUGUUAUAAAAGACUUGCCUGUAAAACUCCUGUAUUCACUGGAAACCUGGAUAGCCCUCCCGAGUGCCCUCAAACACUGAACUACGGUAAAUAAACAAAUCUUACUCCUCAUAGUCUACCCUGUUGACCAGCUAAGUCCGUGCGCGGCCGCUCUUUUCGGGCUUAUCUAGUCCUUUCUCUGCACUUAGACUGCAGAUAUAGCAGGAAAACUCAGUUGCGUGCUUCUGAGCACUUUUCCAAAAUUGUCACGUUGAUCACGGGCUACGAAAAUCAUGUCGCUGAGCAGUGUUCGGGGCGUAGCCAAACAAAUAUGACAUAUACCAUGCAAAUGUUCGCAUGAAGAUGUGGCGGAUAUGUCACCAAGUAGGGGAAAGUUCUCUACAUGCAUUGGCAGCAUCCCGCUUCGGUGGUAUCGGACUGGCAGAAGUAGGGAUCCCCUAAUCCGCAUCUUCGGCACCGUAUGUUGCGCGUCAGUGCACUUUUAAGUCUAACCCUUGACUAUUUACGAGGAACUGAGAUUGUUGCCUAUCUACUAAACAAGAUUUUUCUGAGUAGACGAGUAGCCACAUAACUAGGCUUCAACUUAAAUGACGCUUGCCAAAAUCGAGGUUUGGCAGAUGAUUGAUGUAGAUGAAAAAUUGUAACGCUUGAUGCACAGACCUUAGAAGGACACUGAUAUUUGCCGGCAUGUUGGGUGACAUGUCUUCCUUGACGCGCACGCAGAGGGUCCAGUUGGACAGACAGAUUUUAAUUAAUUUCAGUUGGUAUCAGUCAGUAUAUUCGGAGUUCCUUGCACACCAGUGAGGAGUAGGGAGUUUCCCGUGUUGUAGGCCUUGCCAAGGUCUUGAUAUAUAGGCCUAAUUUCCGAGUCUGAGAGACCUAAGGGCUUCUUUCAGGGUCUCAGCGAACAAAACCUUCACUUUCCCUUUUCCAGAAUACUGCUAGCCUUCGUAGCUCGCUCACUAUACUGAGGCUAACAUAUGAUUAUUGCAUCAUAGUUUCCAAUGAUUACACAUAAAACUCUGGUCGCUUCAGACAACGAAGAACCCAGAAUUCCCGUUCUUUCGUCAUAUGCUUGGAGGCCCUGCUGCCGAAACGAUUGGCAUCUGCCUGUCAAUAGACAAUCAUCUCUGCCGACGGCUGACUGUUGCCUUGUGCUAUAGGGCCUCUGCAAAUCGCUUCUUCUCGUGGCUGCCGCUCAAUUUCUGGGUUUUAUUUCAUUCAUUUGGUUUUUAUUUUCGACAAAUGCACUUUUUUCUGUAUGAAAUGAAAAAUACAACAAUCAUGUAAUUCCCUAAAAUAGUUCAGAAGACGAUGAUUGAACCGACCUGCUACUUCAUCCUUAUUUUUGAAUUUCAUUUCUCAUCUACCUAACACUAUUCCUUCCAGUACUAAUCAACAAAGGCAUAUGACGUUUUUUGAAAUUGAAUUUUGAAAAUUCUUUGGCGUUGACCCUUCUUUUGUGAGACGUGCUGUUGACCCCAGGUUGUUCGCGCGUAGCGGCCACGCCCAAGUAACCACCUCGACCAGUGGGCUAAACCAGAUGACGAUAUCCGGAGAUUGGGCGUGUGGGUUUUGUGUAUGUCUCAGAUCCGGUUGUUCUGUCUCCUGUCCCACUCUAAACCAAAACUAAAAAAUCAUAUGGAGUGAGUGACAGCGACCUCUGGGCGGUCCAGACUAACUCGGGCUAUUUUCCCACUAAAAACAGCUGUGGCCCGUAGUGGAAUUCAGCAGCCGCCUAGGAUGAGCGAUCAACCCCAUUUAGGGGUAGCACCAUUUACCUCCUCUGGGGUGUGAGGGGCUAGGACAGGUGACCUAAGUAGAUUCUGGAUAAUCACGUCGUGUGCGAGCUGGCAGUGCCUCGCAGACUCAAACUAGCAGUCAAACCACAACGGGGAACCAAACCUCCCUCCCAAUCCUCCGUUCCACCCUCAGGCUGCUAGUUUGACUCUACUCACUAUAGCAGCCCGGAAUGUUCGUUCUUUUCUAGGUAACUCACCAAGCAAUCGAGCGGAAACGGAGACAACGCUGGUUGCCAGAGAACUGGUGCACUACAACACGGAUAUUGCAGUUCCCAAUGAGACACGAUUCUCUGAACAGAUUAAGUUGGAGAAGGUGGAUGCCAGUUGCACCUUCUGCUGGAGCGACAGCUCAAAGGCAGAGCUACAUGACGCUGGCGUUAUCUUUGCAAUUCCUAACAACAUCGUGGGACGACUAACCACUCUGCCACAGGGCCUCAACGACCGCUCCUGA